AUGCUGGGCCUGGACGCGUGCGAGCUGGGGGCGCAGCUGCUGGAACUGCUCCGGCUGGCGCUGUGCGCCCGAGUCCUCCUGACCGACAAAGAGGGGGGGCAGCUGCCACCGGAAGAGGCGCUGGAUGAGGCCGUGCCCGAGUACCGGGCCCCGGGGAAGAAGAGCCUCUUGGAGAUCCAGCAACUGGAUCCAGAUGACGAGAGCCUGGUCAAGUACAAGCGGGCCCUGCUGGGGCCUGUGCCACACGCCAUGGAUCCAAGCCUGCCCAACGUUCAGGUGACCAGGCUGACACUGAUAUCUGAGCAGGCCCCGGGGCCCAUCGUCAUGGACCUCACAGGGGAGUUGGCUGCGCUGAAAAACCAGGUGUUUGUCCUGAAGGAGGGUGUUGAUUACAAAGUGAAGAUUACCUUCAAGGUCAACAAGGAGAUCGUCAGUGGACUGAAGUGUCUGCAUCACACCUACCGCCACGGCCUGCGAGUGGACAAAGCCGUCUACAUGGUGGGCAGUUACGGCCCGAGCGCCCAGGAGUAUGAGUUCAUGACUCCGGUGGAGGAGGCGCCCCGAGGCGCGCUGGUGCGGGGUGCCUACGUGGUCACGUCCUUCUUCACUGAUGACGACAGGACCGCCCAUAUGUCCUGGGAGUGGGGCCUCCACGUCUGCCAGGACUGGGAGCGCUGA